AAUGGCUGAUUUCUUAAGAGAUUUUAUGAUUGGUGGUGUUUCUGCUGCUGUUUCAAAGACAGCUGUUGCUCCAAUUGAAAGAGUCAAAUUGUUACUCUAAACCUAAGAUGCCAAUAAAAAAAUCUAAGAAGGAGGUGCCAAGAAAUACAAUGGUAUUGUUGAUUGCUUCAUCAGAGUCCCAAAAGAAGAAGUAUAUUAUAUAAUAAAUAUAUAAAGGGUUUAUCUGCCUUAUGGAGAGGAAAUUUGGCUAAUGUUAUCAGAUAUUUCCCAACAUAAGCAUUGAACUUUGCAUUCAAGGAUGCUUACAAGAAGCUUCUCUGUCCAUUUGGUAUUUAUUAUUUGAAUAUUAUUAAGACCCAAAGAAAGAGAAAUUCCUUUUCUUUUUAGGAAAUAUGGCAUCAGGUGGUGCAGCUGGUGCAACAUCUUUGAUGGUUGUUUAUCCACUUGAUUUUGCAAGAACAAGAUUAGCCGCAGAUAUUGGUAAGAAGGCUGAUAGACAAUUUAAUGGUUUGACAGAUUGUUUGAGUAAAGUUUAUAAAUCAGAUGGUUUCAUUGGAUUAUAUAGAGGAUUUGGAGUGUCAGUUUUAGGAAUAGUAGUAUAUAGAGGAGUCUAUUUUGGUACAUAUGACACAGCAAAAGGAACAAUCUUUAGACAUCCAAUGAUGGGUAAUAUUUUAGCAAAAUUCAUUGUUGCUUAAUUUAUUACUGGAACAGCUGGUGUUAUUUCAUAUCCAUUAGAUACAAUUAGAAGAAGAAUGAUGAUGUAAUCAGGUAAUUAAUUAAUAAUAUAUAUUUAUUAUAGGAAGAGCUGAUGUUCUUUAUAAAAAUACACUUGAUUGUGCAGUUAAAAUUGCUAAGAAUGAAGGAACAAAAGCCUUCUUUAAAGGAGCUUUAUCUAAUUUCUUUAGAGGAAUUGGUGCAUCACUUGUUUUAGUCCUUUAUGAUGAAAUCUAAUAAUUUAUUGCCCCAGGAUCUAAAUCAGCAGGAGGUGAAUGAU